AGAGAGUGAUUUUCAAGCUGAGAUUUACCCAUAUUUUAAAGUUUGUUGAUAUAAUGCAAUAAUACAUAAUAUCAAAAAAUCAGCUUAGCCCAAAAAAUCAUGAAGGUGACCAAGUUGGAAUAUGAAGCCUACGAGCCGAUGGCACUGAAGGCUUUGAAAUCAAUAUGUGAAGAAAUAAGAGGAAAAUGGAGCAGUGUGCAUGGCAUUGCCAUCUAUCACAGGCUCGGCAUAGUUCCCGCGCGGGAGGCGUCAGUGGUCAUCGCCAUCAGCAGCCCGCACCGGCAGGAGUCGCUGGCGGCGGUCGCGCACUGCAUCGACACCCUCAAGGCCUCCGUGGCCAUCUGGAAGAAGGAGGUCUACUCCGACCAGCCGGCCGUGUGGAAGGAGAACAAGGAAUGUGACACCUCAGAAUCCAAGCCGAAACAAGCUCGAAUAAAGACAGAGCCAUCUGGUGACGGAAGAGCGGAACCAAGAAUAGAGAAAGAAACCAUAGACAAGAGUCUGAUUCAGAUCACCGUGUCCAAUGAGGAGCUACAGAAAAGGAUACAGAACUUUAUCGAGAGGAAACGAGAACAGGUGAACAUCAGCAACAUCCUGGACUUCACCCCCGCCCCCGUGCCCGGGACCACCCCCGCAGCCCCCGCCGCCCCCGGAGACCCCGCCGAGGAGGGGUGUGCAAGAGUGCGCUCCGUGCUGAUGCGGCGGAAGGACUGCAAGGGACAUCUCAAGAUCCACAAAGUCCACAACGAGUGGGGCCCCCAAAUCUCCCGGCCGCCCCUCCCCACCCCACCCAGACUAGACACCGACCCCUCCCUCCCCCCCGGCAUAGCGCCGCGGGUGCUGGCGCUGGAGCGGCGCCUGCAGCUGGCGCCGGUGGGCCGGGACGUGUACCGGCGGCUGAAGGAGCUGGAGGACCGCCUGGCCGCGCUGCAGGCGCUGGCGCCCGAGUACGCCAUGUUCUGGGGGCGAGGCCGGGACGUGUACCAGGACGACAUUAAGAACGAGGCGGCCAUCGACUACACGUUCACGGCUGACGACAUCAACAGGAAGAUAGAGCAGCUGGAGAGAGAGGGAAAUGUUUAGAGAGAGAUGCAGAGGGUUCACUUUAGCUUCACCAAAAACGAACAAACGUGAGCUGUCACGUAAUCGGUACUUUUAUUGUAAAGAUAUAGAGUUGUGGUUAGCGCAGCACCAGUUUGGAACUUAGUUUUUCGUAGGAUAAAGUGACUCCGCUUUGCACCAUGAAAAGAUAAAGAUACUUUUUGCUUCAGAAGCACAGUUGUCCUUCAUUUGAGUACCGCUGAACCACUAGAUUUCAUAUUAAUUAGGUAUUUCCUAUUGAAAAGUUGUAAACAUAUAAAUACAGCGAACGAAAAAGAGCUUUGUGGUAUAAAUUACCUAACUACAUUAAGUUUUUGUAUUGUAAAUAAAAUGAAUUAAUCUAAGUAGGUAUGUAAUC